AUGAUAUCCUACGAGUCCAAUCCCAGACGACUACAAAAAGAAACCGAAGCGGCAGCCGCACCAUGUGUUCGAAAUCUCACAAACUGGCCCGAGGCGGUUCAGGAAAUUCGCACAUGGCCCGAGUAUGAGUCACAGCCCCUGCGAUCACUUCCUGUAGCGGCCAAGGAGUUGGGCAUGGCAAGCCUUCUAUUCAAAGAUGAGAGCCAAAGAUUUGGAACAGACCUCGGCUCCUUCAAAGCGCUGGGCGCGCCAUAUGCUCUUUACAAAAUUCUGGCCCAGGAAGUCCACUCAAAGGUGGGUGUAUACCCGUCAUCAGCCGAUCUACGAGGCAGCAAAUACCGUCAAAUUACGCAGCAGAUGACUGUUUGUGUCUCGACUGACGGGAAUCAAGGAAGAAGCCUGGCUUAUGGUGCUCAGAUCUUCGGUUGCAGUUGUCUCAUCUACAUUCACAAGGAUGUGAGCAUUGGCCGAGCCCAAAAGAUGAGAGAUCUGGGUGCCAUUACUAUUCGCGUGAAUGGCGACCACAAAGCGUCGCUCGAUAGGGCUAAAGAAGAUGCUCGAAUGAAUGACUGGAAUUUUGUCAGCAGUACUUCGUGGGACGACUUCGAUGGUGAAAUAUCCCAAAGUGUGAUAAAUGCGUAUAUGAUGGUUGUCGAUGAAGCCAUCAGUGCUAUUGAGAACGUCCACCACAUAACUCAUGUCCUUGUUUGCGGUGGCAUGGGCAGUAUUUCUUCUAGGAUCUUCCUCGGUUUCUAUCAGCACUUCCAAAACCUGCAGCUGGAUCCGACAGAAGCAAUCAAGUUGCCGCGAUUUGUUGUUAUCGAGCCAUCAGAAGCAAACGCCUUACUGGAAAGUGUGAGGGAUGGGUCUCCGCAACCGUCAAAAGGUAGCCUCAAUACUUUGAUGGCCGGUCUAGCCUGCCGUGCUCCAUCACCAGCAGCUUGGAAAGUUCUGUCAUGGCUGGCGAGUGAUUUUGUUUCGGUACCGGACUCGGUCUCCGUGAAUGGGAUGAAGGCCCUGGCGGAUGGUCAAAAGCAAAAGGAUGUUCCUGUCCUUUGUGGAGAAUCGUCAGCCGCUACAAUGGGAGUUUUGAUGGAGGCAAGCAAAGACACGUUACUCCGCGAGAAAUUGGGACUAGAUGUCGACAGUCAGGUUGUGCUGUUUGGACUAGAAGGGGCUACAGACCCUGAGAUGUAUCAGAAGCUAGUUGGUAUGUCUCCAGAGGCGGUUCUUAAUGCCCAAAGAUUGUAUCUCUCCCAAAAUACUGAGGUGGAUGGUGGUUCCAGCAGACUUUUGAGAGUCUGA